UUACGAUGUGGCAAUCGACCAAUAGAGAGAUGGUCUGUAACCUGUAAUAUUAUGCAUAACAAGUGCUGUCAUAGAAGGAUCAUCGCGACAUAAUACACUUUUUGUCACUGACUUCUUAAUGAGAUCGGAUAUGUUUCAAUUAAUGUACGCAUUUAAAGGAAUGCGGUUAAGACAUUUGUACCGACAGUAAUUGACGUGUCAGUGCAAUUGCAAAUGGCGGGCACCAAUGGUGACAUUUCCUCGUUAGGGAAGAAAAUCGAAAAAUUAGCAAUAUCUGCGGACGAAUCGACGAAAAAUGAAAACGAUACCGAAAACGAGGAAAGACCCGAACCACGUCUAUGGGGGUUUGAAACCCGUGAACUAUAUAAGAUGGCAGUAAAUUUCUACAAAGAAAAGGAAGGGAAAGCAGUUCAUCUGUCUUACGAAGAUAAAGUAAAAUUGGUGGCUUUUACGCAACAAGUGACACACGGGAAAUGUACAGCAGAGAAUGCACCGCCGUUAGGUGUGUUGGAUGUGAUUGGAAGAGACAGACGUUUAGCAUGGCAAAAUUUGGGAGAUAUAUCCAAGGAGCAGGCGAUGGAAGGAUUUAUAGUUUUAUUGGAUAAAUUGUGUCCUUUGUUUAGGACAGUUGUAGAAGCACAAAAAAGAGAUAUAGAAGAAAAAUUACGACUGAAGAAGGAAGAAGAAGCGAGAAAGUUGGAGGAGGAAAGGAGAUUAAAAGAGUUAGAGGAACAAAAAAAGAAAGAUGAAGAAGCUCGAUUAAAAGAAGAAUUACAGAGGAGACAAAUUCAGGAUGCCUUAAAUCAACAAACUUAUUAUCAAUUUAAGAUGUAUGCAGAACAACAAUAUCCUGGAAAUCCAGAACAGCAAGGUGUUUUAAUACGGCAGUUACAAGAGCAGCAUUAUCAUCAGUAUAUGCAACAGUUGCGUCAGAACCAAUUAGUCACAGAAGAGCAAACCCCAGUAGCGAAUAAUGCCACAACUGAUAAUGAACAAAAGGAAGAACACAAAGAGACAGAUGAAACGGCACUGUUAAACGAAGAAGACUCGGAUGAACAAGAGGAUUGGCCACCUAUAGCUCCUGCAGAAAUGUGGACAAGGAAAGGUGUGGAAGAAUUUAAGGAAAGUAUUAGGAGAGAAGCUGGUGAUGCAGUUAUUAAAGUUGGACACGGAGAGACAGUGACUGUUAGAGUGCCAACACAUGAGGAUGGCUCUUGUUUGUUUUGGGAGUUUGCAACAGAUGGUUAUGAUAUAGGUUUCGGAGUAUACUUUGAGUGGUCAAAGCCAGAAACAAGUCAAGUAUCGGUACAUAUUAGCGAAUCCGAGGAUGAAGAUGAAGAGGACGAAGAUUAUAUUUCAAAAGAAGAUUUGGAAAGUGGAGUAAUAAAUGGCACCAUGCAGUCAGAUUAUAAACCACCGUCGCCACCUAUAAGCGUGGUAGUACCUGUAUAUAGGAGGGAUUCCCAAGAAGAAAUUUAUGCUGGAAGUCAUAGAUACCCAGGACAGGGAGUGUAUCUUCUUAAGUUCGACAAUUCAUAUUCACUUUGGCGAAGCAAAACGCUUUAUUAUCGAGUCUAUUACACCCAAAAUGGCUAUGUGGAAAAUUAGCUUUACUAAAAAUCACGGCGAUUCAUUGAACGUACAAUCGUUGAAAACUAGCCGAAUGCGAUGGUCUGUCGAUAUUGCUAGUCCAACUAAACGAAGAGUCCUAUAUCUUAUUUCUGUAAACACCAAGCGAAGUGUUCGCUAAGGAAAAAUAUACUUAUUAUAGUUACGUUAAGACACUUUAUUGUUUAAUAUGGCAAGAAACUGGGCACAAUUAAAGAAAAGGUUCCUAUCGUUCCCUUUCCCAUGAAUGUUUAUAAGUGAGCAAACAAAAUGUAUAAAUGUCAGUAACGAUAUUACACAUGCAUUAAAGAAUUUCUUUGUGUCCGAUAUAAUAGUGUUGUACUCACUUGUAUAUCGUGUCUAUAUUCCAUUGGUAAAUCUAUACGCAAUAUUGUUUUCUGUGGUCAUUUUAGACUUUUUGUUAUUUCGCUCAUGACACAGUGACUGUAUCUUAUACUUUUAUUAAUAUUGUCCCACAUUUUUGAAAAAUACAUUGAACUAAAAAUA